AGGUAGUUAGUGCAUCUGCGAAUGCUACCCCGGUUAUUUCUCAUCUGGAUCGUUCUUCUAGAGUUAACCUUGCCCAAAAGAAGAUUAAUGUUUCCUUGGCAGAAUCAAGUUCUAAUACCGAAAGUACGGUGGACAGGGUUAAUAAAAAUAAGGAGGGGUGUUGUUCCACAAUCCCAUGCAAAAGUAAGAAUUCCUCUUUCAGAUCAAAUUGGUAAAGUGUUGAAUGCUUCAAGCAGUCAGAGGAGUUUGUUAAGUAGCGUAAAACCUAUUUUCAAGGAAAGUAGUGGUGAAAGUUCUCAAGAUGAAGGUGAUGAAGUAAACAAUUCAGAGGCCAGCACCCAAACUCCCUCAGAUUCGUCCUCAUCUGGAUCAUCAACCGGGGAGGAUUCACCAGGACCUUCUGGUGGUAGAAGGAUGGAUAGUGAUGUGACUACACCAAAAUGUAAGGAGAAAAUAAGCUUGGAUUCAAUCUUUAAAAGGUCGAAGAGCUACAAGAAGGCAAGAGACAUCGCUUCCCAGUCUCAAGCUGAGGAUCCUGCACCAGACAUUGUGCUGGAUAGUCAGGUUUAAUUUGAAACCCAUUAAUGGGGUAACUCACUAAAUCUGGUGAGUGGUGAUGCUCAUUCUUUCCUGCUGCCUUGUCGGAAAGAAACUGGAAAUUGAGAAAGCAGUUACUUUUGCUUGUUGAUUGUACCAAUUCUACUUUGCAUUUUUGUUAGAUGACUGCCUUUUCAUAUACCUAUUUCACUUUGAAGCAUUCUUGGAUAUGAGCUGGGACAACCCUAACCAAUCCAGUGUUGUUGUUGUGCCUCUUUAAAUCAUUAACUUAUAUAUUCCAUUUUGGAGCAAUCUUGAAUUGAGCUGGAAGCCUGGAUCAGCCCCUAUUAAUCAA